AUGCUCACUUCGCGCGGCGUACACCGUCUCUCUCGCAGAGCGCUGAACAGCGCGAAGAGGACCAACGCCUUCUUCUCCACCGCUGUUGCCGCGCCCGCCAUUGCCAGGGCUGCGUCCGCUCCUUCCUCAUCACAACGCGCUCUCCCCCGCUAUGCUGGCGCGUCUCAGUCUGCUCGCACGUACGCGACCGAGGCGUCUGUUGCGACUGGCCACGUGAAGACUGUCAUCGGUGCCGUCGUCGACGUCCAAUUCGAGUCCGACACCCUCCCCCCGAUUCUCAACGCCCUUGAGGUCGUCGACUUCCACGGUGGUCGCCUCGUCCUUGAGGUUGCUGCCCACCUAGGCGAGAACUCGGUCCGUACCAUUGCCAUGGAUGGUACCGAGGGUCUCGUCCGUGGCCAGAAGGUUGUCGACACCGGUGCCCCCAUUCGUAUCCCCGUCGGCACUGCGACCCUGGGUCGUAUCAUGAACGUCAUUGGCGAGCCCAUUGACGAGCGUGGUCCCAUUGAGGGCGUCAAGCUUCUCCCGAUUCACGCCGACCCCCCGGCGUUCGUCGAGCAGUCGACCACUGCUGAGGUCCUGGAGACUGGUAUCAAAGUCGUCGACCUCCUCGCCCCCUACGCCCGUGGUGGCAAGAUUGGUCUUUUCGGUGGUGCCGGUGUCGGCAAGACUGUGCUCAUUCAGGAGCUCAUCAACAACGUCGCCAAGGCUCAUGGUGGUUUCUCUAUCUUCUGCGGUGUCGGUGAGCGUACCCGUGAAGGGAACGAUCUCUACCACGAGAUGAUUGAAACUGGUGUCAUCAACCUCCAGGGCGACUCCAAGGUCGCUCUCGUCUUCGGUCAGAUGAACGAGCCCCCUGGUGCGCGUGCCCGUGUUGCGCUUACUGGUCUUACCAUUGCGGAGUACUUCCGUGAUGAGGAGGGCCAGGACGUGCUGCUCUUCAUCGACAACAUCUUCCGUUUCACCCAGGCGGGUUCGGAGGUGUCUGCCCUUCUCGGUCGUAUCCCCUCGGCCGUCGGGUACCAGCCCACGCUCUCGACGGACAUGGGUGGCAUGCAGGAGCGUAUUACCACCACCAAGAAGGGCUCCAUCACGUCUGUGCAGGCCGUCUACGUGCCCGCCGAUGAUUUGACGGAUCCCGCUCCAGCCACCACCUUCGCUCACUUGGACGCCACAACUGUACUGUCCCGUUCAAUUGCCGAGCUCGGCAUCUACCCCGCCGUCGACCCCCUCGACUCCAAGUCGCGUAUGCUCGACCCCCGUAUUGUCGGCCAGGAGCACUACGAGGUCGCGACCGCCGUCCAGAAGAUCCUUCAGGACUACAAGUCGCUCCAGGAUAUCAUUGCUAUCCUGGGUAUGGACGAGUUGUCUGAGGAGGACAAGCUGACCGUCGAGCGUGCCCGUAAGAUCCAGCGUUUCAUGUCGCAGCCCUUCGCGGUCGCGCAGGUCUUCACUGGUUUCGAGGGUCGUCUCGUGUCGCUCAAGGACACCGUCCGCUCCUUCAAGGAGAUUCUCUCUGGCCAGCACGACUCGCUCCCCGAGUCGGCGUUCUACAUGGUCGGCACGAUCGAGGACGUGAAGACGAAGGCGGAGCAGCUCGCGAAGGAGAUGGGCGAGUCUUCAUGA